AUGUAUAACAAUUAGACAGUUCAGUUAGUUGGUCGAUUGAGUCCUAAAACAAAGAUUAAUCUAGAAUAACAAAAUUUACAUAAGCUUUCCAAUAAAAUGUUAGCUAAACACAUUAAUCAUGACAUUGCACUUGUACCAAUGCUUGAUGACAUUAUACCAUGUAGUAUCAAAAUGAGUAUCAGUUAGUGAAAUUUUGAAUUAGAGAAAAAUGUUGUAAUCGGUUUAACCGAUUCAAUAUUAUGAAGAACAAAGACCAUCAAGAACUAUUUUUACAACUCAACCAAAAUCUUAAACACAUAAGUCUUCAAGAUCAAUAAAGUCUAAUUCAACUCAUAGAGAUCAAAAAUCAAGAAUGUCUAAUCAAAAAUAUGAAUUAAUGAGUUGUUGUUCAUGUUCUUGUUGUGGAUGCAGUAGAAAAAGUUCAACAAGAUUAAAGAAAUCUCCAACUCCCACUCCUAAAGUUAGAAGAAAUUAUUAAGAAAAUCCAUCAACUAAUAAAUCUAAUAAAUCUAUAAGUAUAUUUAUUUAUUUAUUUAUAUUUUUUAGAAUAAUCUUCAAUUGCUAGUUCAGAAUCAAAAAAAGUUAGAAAAUAAAAAAUUUUGAAUUCUUCCUAAUAAACAAAAUAAAAAUGUGAAUAUCAUCAUUAUGAACACAGAUAAUCACAUUUAACUACUCAUUAAUCAAAUAGAAAACCAAGACCUUCAAGUGCUGCUAUAAUAAAUCCUGAAACAGCUAGAAAAUAAAAAUUGAAAGAAUAUUAAGAAAAAUAAAAAUUAUUACAAAAUUUAUAUAGUGCUAAAUAACUUUAACCAUAACCUAGAGAAUAAAGUCUAUCAAAAGUUGCAUGGAGAGCAGAUAUAUCAAGAGUAUUAUUUAUAUUUAUAUUAUUUAGAUUGAAGAAGGUAAAUUAAGAAAAAGUAGAAUUGAAAAAAUUGUUUAAGUUUAAAAAGAAAUAUUAAAUAAAUCUUUAUCAAGACAUAGAAGUGCAUCAAAAUAAGAAUCAAAAAAGAUUGUACCUCCUCCUGAUCCUCAAAAAUUGAAAUUAUUAGAUUAAAGAAAAAAAUUAAUGGAAAAGAAAGAUCAAAAAAUUAUUCAUGAUAAAAAAGAAGCUUAAAGAUUAAAAUAAGUUCUUAAUUAAUUAAAAAAAUAAAAAUAAGAAGAAAAAGAAUUAAAAAAUAAAAAAACAGAAUAAUUAUCUAAAUUAGAAAAAUAUCAAAAGGAAAAUAGAUUAUAAUGUAAAAAAAAAAGAUUUGAACCAACNAAAAUUCUUUGUUCUAAAACACUAAGUAUUAUAAUUUAUUUAAUUAAAUUUAAAAAUAUGUAUAACAAUUUGACAGUUCAGUUAGUUGGUCGAUUAAGUCCUAAAACAAAAAUUAAUCUAGAAUAACAAAAUUAACAUAAACUUUCAAAUAAAAUGUUAGCUAAACACAUUAAUCCUGAAAUAGCACUUGUCCCAAUGCUUGAUGACAUCAUACCAUGUAGUAUCAGAAUAAAUAUCAGUUAGUGAAAUUUUGAAUUAGAGAAAAAUGCAAUAAUCUAUUUAACCAAUUCAAUAUUAUGAAGAUUAAAGACCAUCAAGAACUAUUCUUACAACUUAACCUAGAUCUCAAACAAAUAAGUCUUCAAGAUCAAUUAAAUCUAAUUCUACUCAUAGAGAUCAAAAAUCAAGAAUCUCUAAUCAAAAAUAUGAAUUGAUUAGUUGUUGUUCAUGUUCUUGUUGUGGAUGCAGUAGAAAAAGUUCAACAAGACUUAAAAAAACUCCAACUCCCACUCCUAAAGUUAGAAGAAAUUAUUAAGAAAAUCCAUCAACUAAUAAAUCUAAUAAAUCUAUAAGUAUAAUAAAUAUAUAUAUUAUUUAGAAUAAUCAUCAAUUGUUAGUUCAGAAUCUAAAAAAUCUAGAAAAUAAAAAAUUUUGAAUUCUUCUUAAUAAAUUAAAUAAAAAUGUGAAUAUCAUCAUUAUGAACACAGAUAAUCACAUUUAACUACUCAUUAAUCAAAUAGAAAACCAAGACCUUCAAGUGCUGCUAUAAUAAAUCCUGAAACAGCUAGAAAAUAAAAAUUGAAAGAAUAUUAAGAAAAAUAAAAAUUAUUACAAAAUUUAUAUAGUGCUAAAUAACUUUAACCAUAACCUAGAGAAUAAAGUCUAUCAAAAGUUGCAUGGAGAGCAGAUAUAUCAAGAGUAUUAUUUAUAUUUAUAUUAUUUAGAUUGAAGAAGGUAAAUUAAGAAAAAGUAGAAUUGAAAAAAUUGUUUAAGUUUAAAAAGAAAUAUUAAAUAAAUCUUUAUCAAGACAUAGAAGUGCAUCAAAAUAAGAAUCAAAAAAGAUUGUACCUCCUCCUGAUCCUCAAAAAUUGAAAUUAUUAGAUUAAAGAAAAAAAUUAAUGGAAAAGAAAGAUCAAAAAAUUAUUCAUGAUAAAAAAGAAGCUUAAAGAUUAAAAUAAGUUCUUAAUUAAUUAAAAAAAUAAAAAUAAGAAGAAAAAGAAUUAAAAAAUAAAAAAACAGAAUAAUUAUCUAAAUUAGAAAAAUAUCAAAAGGAAAAUAGAUUAUAAUGUAAAAAAAAAAGAUUUGAACCAACAGAAUAAUAAAUAGAAUAAGCAUUUUAAAUAGUAUCAAGUAAUAAAAUAGAUAAUGAAUAAUCAAUCAAAUGA